AUGCAAGUCACUACGUUUCUCGAAUCUUUCGUAUUCCUGCCUCUCGGGGGGUUCCUUCUUCUUACUUCCCUCCUUGGUGUGCGAUUUCUUAAUUCAGUUACUAGCCGCAUAUGCCGGCAGACGAUCUCCAUUGGAUAUGUAAACUUGCGCCUUGUGUCUCUGAUUCUCUUGAUAAAUGCGUGUUUCUUCGCUCGGGAGCAGGUAGUGCUGACGCGUAUAUACGCGUCUCCAUCUUUCGCGCAGUAUUGCGGGACUUCGGGACCGGGUAGCCCGUUUCCCGGUGACGCAGCAAAAGACCCCGUAGCUGCUGCCGCUUCAGCCGCGGCCGCGCAAGCGGCGGCGGCUGCUCUCGCUGGUGGAGAAGCAGGGCUGCAGUGCAUGGCUUACAAGCUAAGACACGAGAGGAACUGGUGGUUGUCUCUCUUGAGUCUUAGUGUUUGGCUUCUUUUGUGGAGAGUGACUGCUAUGGUCGCCAAUUAUGACACACGACUCAAAGUGCUCGAAGAGGAGAAGGCACGUGAGCUUGCAGCGCUUGAGAACGCCAGAUGCGAAUUGAAAAACGAAGAAACCAUUGUAGGAAGAGCUGCCGCCGUCAAAAAGGUUGCAUAG